UAAUGGGCUGUUAAGUAGAUAACAAUAGCCUCAGGUUUACUUUUUCACAGACUAUCAUGUCCAGAUAAACUUUUUGAUAUUGGUUUGAGUGGGUACGAUUUUAGUCAUGGAGCCAACUGAGAAUUUUGCAUCUGCAGACCAUACUGCGUCUACUGCGUCCACUACAAUAUCGACUACAGCGACUCAAGGACAGGCCUAUGAUGCGCCGCGUAAUGAUUCCACGGCUUCGGAGAGCUCACUCACGAAUGUCACGAAUAGUAUCGCCAGUGUCGCGGGCAGUUCGAUCAAUGAGGUUAAGAACAAACUCACAACUGUGGCCUCCAAUGAGUCCGUGCAGAACGUUUGGGAGCAGGUUCGCUCGAUAGCUACCGGAAGUAAUAAAGAAACCCAAGAAGUCGAUACCUCACCCAGCCAGGACGAGAUCGACCGUAUUGACAAGAUGGACAAUGAGAAGAUUGCCGAGUUCCUCCGAGAAAAGAAUAGAAGCGAUGCUCGUCUACCAAGGAGAAGAUAGUGGCUUAUGUGUCAACUUUAUGAGUAACGUCAAUCUUACAAAAGAACCGCAUUGAAAGAGAAACAACCAAAUAUGAAGUAAAAUGUGCACCCAUGUGGAUAAUAUAUGCUCCCUGAACUCCCACAAUUCCACGCGACUCUACAAAACCGCUUUGAAUCCCCUGUCCGAACUGCGAUCU